ACAAGCUUCGUAAACAUUUUAUUAGCAUCCGAUUAUUUCAAGUCCGUAUCAGACGAUAAUUGCAUAUCAACAUCAGAAGUUGCAAGGUGUAAAAUGGCCUUGCACUCGUUAAUAAUUCUAGUCGUUGUGUGUAUUGGCUACUGUUUGGGAUAUUACGAAAAUUAUCGCACAUUUGGUUCGGGCGACUCUAUACUGACGAUCCAGUACACAGCCGGAGGACACAUGGAUGAAUACCAUCGAUGGACAUCGGAAUGUCACGACGGCGAAGCUAUGACCGGAAUUUACGAUUCGGGCCGAAUGUUUGGCAAUAAACCAAGUGUGGUGCUACUUCAUGUUCAGCAAGAAACCACCGUCCAAUGGAUUUUAUCCAUAUUAUUCCAUGUGCAACGUUCGGAAUCUCUCCCAACAGGAGUACUACUGCUACGAUAAAUACUGGCCGCAAGAUACAUCCAAUACAUUUGUCACCGGAUUGUGGGGCCUAGCUGCUGGUGGUGCACUGGCGAACGUACCGACCCGAAUGAAAUGCUGUAAAGCACCGAGCGGAUACAAACUCGAUUACACCCGCUGCCAAUGGAAGUACACACACGACAAAGCCGGAGAACAUUACGACGGUGCGUGGCUGGUCAAGUGCGACACAAAUUAUAUUAUGACCGGAUUGGGUUCAGCGGUAAAUCCUUGGGAUGGAGCUGUUCACUUCACUUGGAUACAAUGUUGUCCAGUGAUUUCCACCGAUGACUAUCAUGACGAAAAGCAACAGAUUAUUUAUCGACGGUGAUGCAGCCUUUCAAAGUCAUGGUUCUUUGCAUAUACUAUAUGCGAAUUUGUCAAAGGUCAAAUUCAGGUAAUGCUUUUGCUACCCGAAUUCUGCCUCUGACAAAUUUGUACCUGUACCGAGUACCGAUCAAUAACUCCAGGAAAGAUGCAUUUAAAUGACUUUCUUAUUGUAUUUAUAUAUACUCGUAGAAAUGAAGCAUUUUUCAUGCGUCACUAAACAUGUAUGCGGCAUGCCAUAUGUUAAAGCAAAACCGUUUUUUCUGUGACUUUCUGUGUUUCUGUGUUCUGGAAAUUUGCGUUGUUGUUUUCCGAUGGAGUUCCCUGUACUUGUUGCCAAAACGUCAACAAUGACAACUGAG